AUGGCUGAAGAACAUGACACCGAUAAGGCCGAAGACCAUGACUCCGACAAGGAGGAAGAAGAAUCCAGUGAAGAAGAAAGUGAAGACGAAGAAGAGCAAGAAGAAGACGUAAAAGCCCAAUUCGAACGAAUCAUCGCCGGCUUCAGGGACGGCAAGCUAGACAUCAGCACCAUCACCAGCAAGCCAGACGAAUACAACUACCUCGACCAAAAGACAAACGACCACAACCCCCGGAACCUCCUGCACAUGAUCGCCGAAGCCGGCAAGGACACCACGCGCGCGCUGAAGCCGCUCGUCGAGCACCUCGUCAAGCACCACCGGCGGCUCAUGGAAGAAAAGGACAACUCGGGCACCACGCCGCUCCAAGCCGCCAUCAUGGCCGGCAUCGCCAAGCUCGUCGACUACAUGUGCAACGCCUACGACGCCGAGGGCGACGUCGACGUCGUGCUCGCCCUGCAGGACUCGAAGAACAACAACUGCCUGCACAAGGCCAUGCUCAGCAAGCACAAGUACGCCCGCAAGAUCGCCCUCAAGCUCAUCGAGCGCGUCCGCGACAGGGAGACCCUGCGGGCUCAGAACAACGACGGCAAGACUCCGCUCCACAUCGCCGUCGAGUGGGACCGCUGCACUGAGUCGCAGAUGGGCGUUGUACGUGCUCUGGUCGCCGCCUGUGACGCCGCGCUGGACGUCAACGUGGGGACCGAUGUCGAUCCGGCUCAGCUCUCGGUCUACCGCUACCACGAGAAGACGAGGAAAGAAGCGAAGAAGGCCGAUGCCGCCAAAGAGAAGAAGGAGGAGCAGCGCAGCAGCCGGGAAUCAGUCGAGGGGCCGACCAGCAGCCGUAACGCAAAGGAAAGCUCGAAAAGCGUGCCGGGAGGGGGGCCCAAAUUAGCCCCAGACCAGUCCCGUGCAGCCCCGACAGACCAACUCAGUCGCUCCAAGGAACAACCGCCGAGCAGGUACAAGGACGCGCCGCGCGAGCGCCAGGAACUCCCUAUGCGGGGUAUCCAGCGGCAGCCGACGAGGAUGGACAUGAGCGCUCCGAGGAGUGCCCACCCGGACGGAUCCAAGUUGGCUGGGAAAACGGCGGGUACGGUGUCGCCAGCUCUGCCCAAGGCACCGGGUGGCGCGGACACUAGUAGAAGGUCGUCCAAGAAGAAGGAAGCGGUGACGGAGGCCACGGCGAAUGAGAUCAGAGACUUCUUGAAGCUGCAUUACAUGGGGACGCGGGAGGACCACGAAAGCAUUGUUUCGUUUCUCUACGGGCCAGUUCAAGAAAAGGAAUUGUAUUGGUCGUUGGCCGACGGACCGCCCGUCAUUUCGCUGCAGAGGCUGGAGAGGAUGAAGUACGUCAACUUCGAGGAUACCCUCAAAUACGUUUUGCUGCCCAGCGUCCGCGUGGCCAAGCCUCCGGCGGCGACAUCCAAAUUUCUUGCUAAACCUGCUGCCAAGGAUGUGGGCAAAGGCCGAGACGACUACACGGUCAUUUUCGAUUGGCUCCGCCGCAAGGGCGUGAAGCGCAUCUUCAAUCUGUACAUCGACGACCGCGAAGAGCCGUCCCACAGUGAUGAGACGAUUGAGAAGGCGCUUCAGGGGAUCGAGGUGCUCAAGGUGUGGGACUGGCAGAGGUCUGAUCUUAGCUCCGAGGUCAUCGCCAAAGCUGCGCCCAACGUCAGUCAGGUCAACUUGUAUUGGGGCGGGAACAAUGCUGUUCUACGCAGCUGGAGCGAGUCCGAGGGUCUCAACCAGCUGAAGAAGCUUGACACGGUUGUGCUACGCCUACUCAUCGAAAGCAUCGAGAGCAAGCAAUCCAAAGAUGCAAAGGACCAAGAACGGCCCCCUCCGGCCAUCAACGUCCAGAUCGAGCGAGAUGUGCUGCCUCUGAAGAAGGCGGAAGCGGGAGAAGGGGCGGCGGCCUCGCAAGAGCAACACAAAGACCAGCACAAGUGGCUAACAUGCAUGGACGACUUCGCAACAUUCGUCCAAAACGUCGACCUGGACACUUCCCGCUUGAACGGUCUCGAGCCGAAGCCCAUCACCGUCGCCCUCAUCGACGACGGAUUCGACAUCAACGAACAGUCCGUAGUCGACAAGGUCGUCGGCGGCCGCAGCUUCCGCAACCAAAACAACCUCAACGCCCCAUACUGGGCCACCAGCGGCUUCCACGGCACCGUCAUGGCCAGCCUGAUCUGCCGCGUCUGCCCCAAGGUCCAACUCUACGUCCUGCGCCUCGACGAGCACAGCGCUGGAGAGCAAGGGAAACGGCAAAUCACAGCCAAAAGCGCCGAAAAGGCCGUCCGCGCAGCCAUCGACCGCGGCGUCGACAUCAUCUCCAUGUCCUGGACCAUCGAAAAAACCGUCGACAACGAACCGGACAUCAAAAAGCUCGAGACCGCCCUCGACGAAGCCGCUAAAAAGAACAUCCUCCUCUUCUGCUCGGCCAACGACCAGGGUACCGACGCCGACGAGAGCCACCCAUCCGCGAACCCCGGACGCUUCAAGAUCGGCGCCGCCACCGCGUGGGGCACAGCCUGGCGCUGGACGCGCGCCUCGCACGUCGACUUCAUCUUCCCGGGCGACAAAGUCAUCAAGGAGCGGCCGGGCAACGUGCCGGUCGAGAAGUGCAGCUUGGUCAGCGGAUCGAGCGUCGCGACGGCGCUGGCGGCGGGGCUGGCGGCGCUGGUGCUGUAUUGCGUGCAGUUUGCGGCGUUGCACUGCGUCGCGACGAACCAGCAGGCGAAGGUGGUGACGUUGGAGGAUUUUCAGGCGAUGAAGACGCGGGAGCGGAUGGCGGAGGCGUUUCAUGCGAUUUAUACGACGAAGGAUAGCGAUAAUAAGUAUAUUGAGGUGUGGAAUACGUUUGAGACGGCGCCGAGGGAGGGGGAGGGGAAGGAGAAGGAUGUUAAGCGCGAGAUUAUCGUGGCGGUGGCGGAUAAGUUGAAGGCGAGGAGGAAGUUAGUUUUUGGGGCGCAGAAUCUGCUGUAG